GACUGUGGGCAGCCAGCCGUGCGCCUGCGCGGUGGCUCCACCUGGUUGUCGCAGCCGAGACACCGAGGUGAGAGGCUGGUGGGAGCCGGCGCCAAGAUGACCCAGGCGGAGAAGGGAGACGCGGAGAAUGGGAAAGAGAAGGGCGGGGAGAAGGAGAAGGAGCAGCGCGGCGUGAAGCGGCCCAUCGUGCCCGCGCUGGUGCCGGAGUCGCUGCAGGAGCAAAUCCAGAGCAACUUCAUUGUUGUCAUACAUCCAGGUUCAACAACUUUAAGGAUUGGUCGAGCCACCGACACACUUCCUGCUGGCAUUCCUCAUGUCAUUGCACGAAGACACAAACAACAAGGGCAGCCCCUAUACAAGGACAAUUGGCUCCUAAGGGAGGGACUAAAUAAACCUGAAAGUAAUGAACAAAGACAAAAUGGCCUUAAAAUGGUGGAUCAAGCAAUAUGGUCUAAAAAGAUGUCAAAUGGUACAAGACGGAUUCCUGUGUCCCCUGAACAGGCACGCUCCUACAAUAAGCAGAUGCGACCUGCAAUUUUAGAUCACUGUUCAGGAAAUAAGUGGACAAACACAUCUCAUCACCCUGAGUAUUUGGUAGGAGAAGAGGCCUUGUAUGUUAAUCCAUUGGACUGUUAUAAUAUUCACUGGCCUAUCAGGAGAGGCCAGUUAAACAUUCACUCAGGCCCGGGGGGCUCCCUUACAGCUGUUCUGGCAGAUAUUGAAGUAAUAUGGUCUCAUGCAAUACAAAAAUACCUGGAAAUCCCACUGAAAGAUUUAAAGUAUUAUAGAUGUAUCUUGCUAAUUCCUGACAUCUAUAAUAAACAGCAUGUGAAAGAACUAGUGAAUAUGAUACUAAUGAAGAUGGGUUUUUCAGGAAUCGUGGUCCAUCAGGAGUCUGUGUGUGCCACCUUUGGAAGUGGCUUAAGCAGCACUUGUGUUGUAGAUGUUGGGGAUCAGAAAACAAGUGUCUGCUGUGUGGAAGAUGGAGUGUCUCAUCGGAACACUCGGCUCUGUCUGGCAUAUGGGGGAUCUGAUGUGUCAAGGUGUUUUUACUGGCUGAUGCAGCGAGCUGGGUUUCCUUACAGAGAAUGCCAAUUAACAAAUAAAAUGGACUGCCUUCUUCUGCAGCACCUUAAAGAAACUUUUUGUCAUUUAGAUCAGGACAUCUCUGGGCUUCAGGACCAUGAGUUUCAGAUUCGACAUCCAGAUUCUCCUGCCCUACUUUACCAGUUUCGAUUAGGAGAUGAAAAACUCCAGGCUCCAAUGGCUUUGUUUUACCCAGCAACUUUUGGAAUUGUGGGACAGAAGAUGAUGACUUUGCAGCACAGAUCCCAGGGCGAUCCUGAGGACCCUCACGAUGAGCAGUACCUUCUGGCCACUCAGAGCAAGCAGGAACAGUCUGCAAAAGCUACUGCUGACCGAAAGUCUGCAUCCAAACCCAUUGGAUUUGAAGAUCUUCGUGGCCAGUCCUCUGAUCUUCCAGAAAGACUUCAUUCCCAAGAGGUGGAUUUGGGGUCCUCCCAGGGAGACUGCCUGAUGGCUGGCAAUGAUUCUGAGGAGGCCCUCACUGCACUGAUGUCCAGAAAGACUGCCAUCUCACUGUUUGAAGGGAAAGCCCUGGGCCUGGACAAAGCCAUCCUUCACAGCAUAGACUGCUGUUCAUCUGAUGAUACCAAAAAGAAGAUGUACAGCUCCAUCCUAGUGGUGGGAGGUGGUUUGAUGUUUCAUAAAGCUCAAGAGUUUCUGCAACACAGAAUUCUCAAUAAAAUGCCACCUUCAUUCAGACGAAUUAUUGAAAAUGUGGAAGUGAUCACAAGGCCUAAGGACAUGGAUCCCAGGCUCAUUGCAUGGAAAGGAGGGGCAGUGCUGGCUUGUUUGGACACAACACAGGAACUGUGGAUUUAUCAGCGAGAGUGGCAGCGCUUUGGUGUCCGCAUGCUGCGGGAGCGGGCUGCUUUUGUAUGGUGAAAUGGGAGGAAAGGUCACUGUUGACAACCAGAAACAAGCCUCUUGGAUGACCUCACUUCUGCAAUGGUUUCGAAGAAAUUCAGUGAAGUAACAAACUGUGUGAUGGAAACAUAUUUCAGAUGGGUAAACCACAAGAACCUUAACGGUGGGCAGUAACGUGGUAGCAGAAAAGGAAGUUGUCUGGAUCUUCUCUGUAGGGGGAAGAAAAGCAUUUGUUAUCUGUGAACGACAAACAGCAAGCUUCUGCUCUGUGUAAACCAUCACUGACAAUUGUUCCCUUGCUAGAGAAUGUCAGCUGAGCACCAGGCAUCUUGAUACUUCCUAACAGGAAAAACAUCCCUGAUGUUCCUUUUGAACAUAUCACUGGAAACACACUGAUCCUUAACACACUUGACUGCCACAAAAAAUUUCUUUUCUAGGGGCCACGGUGUUUAUUAUGAAAAUAGAAUAAAAACUUCUAAAACAAAAUGCUCCUU